GGGCUGCAGGCCUGUCUCUAUUCUGUCUCUACUCUGUCUCUACUCUGUCUCUGGUCCUCCGGGCUGCAGGCCUGUCUCUCCGGCUCCCGCUGAAAGCGCCUUGGCCGUCAGCCAAUCGGGGCGGAGCAGGACGUGACGUAGCUUCUAGCGCUAGGAAGCCCCAGGAGUGGCGCGCCAAAUUUCAAAGGACUUCCUCCUGGAGGAAAGGAGGAGAAAAGCCGCACCGAAGCCUGACGAACAACGGCGACAAAAAGCUGCAGAAAGCAAAAAGUCGAUCCGCCUGAAGGAGUAAAAGCCGCCGGCAGAGCCGCUCAGCGGGCCGGGAGAGUUUCCACCGCUGCUGUUGGUAUCAGACAGUCCUCAGCUGCUGCACCCUGUCAGACUCUCCACCUGUGAGACGGCUGAUGUCAACUGAUGUCGAGAGCUUUUGGAUUUUAAUCUCACACACUCUCACACACACACACAGUCUCAGAUGACAGCUGUUCAGACCUCAAACUAUCACACAUCAGGACUGUAAAAGUCACAGCUGUCAAGUUUGUUGGCAGUUUUACUUUUUCCCUUGGUUUUUUUAAUGUUUACCUCACCUUUUUGAAUCGGUGGCCCGGCGACACACGGCCUGUCCACACAUCACUGAAGCUCUUCAUUCUCAAAUCCUCCGGCUUACAGCCUCUCGCUCCGCGGGGGGAUUUGGCCUGUUUGAGUUUGAGCUCAUAAUAGUGUGCAGAAGCUCAUUUCCACACUUCAGCAGCUCAUACAGUGCUCUAUAGCCUCAUUAUUUAUUCAUGUAUUCGGGACACAACAAGCCAUCAGCUCCUCACACUAAUGCAAACAUCUGUUGCUCAGAGCUGCUGCUGCACCUGCCUGUGACCUUCACACUCGCUGCUUACCGGCAGAAUAUUUUAUCUUUUAAUGUUAGCAGUCAGCAGUCUUUGGUCAGAUGCCUUCAGUUUAACUUCUAACCUCCAGUAAAGAGUUGUAUCUCACCAUGGAUCGCAGCCUCCUGUAACUCAGGGGUCCUGUCACAGAUAAGGGCUCGGCGGUGGCAGACAAUCAGACCUUUCAGUCAUGCUGUCAGGGGUGCAGCCGUGCUUCCAGCUGCUGCGGAUCGGUUCGUCGGCCGGCGACUCUGCGAGGGACCUGUACACGUUCAGGCCGGCGCUCAGCCACUCCGUGUUCCGCCUGGGCCGGGCGGCGGAGCUCUGCGACGUCACGUUGGACUCCACGUCUGUGUCGCGGAUCCACGCGGAGCUGCACGCUGAGAAGGAGGCCGGCGGAGGUGACGCAGCGCCGCAGGAGGAGGGCUGGAGGGUGCACAUCAAGGACAGGAGCAGUCAUGGCACUUGGGUCAAUGAGGUCCGCCUGCAGCCCGGCGUCCAAUGGGAGCUCUCAGACGGUGACACGCUGACCUUCGGUGGUCAGUUGGCUUCUGGGAGCCCCGAGUUUUACUUCCUCUUCCAGAAGGUCAAAGUUCGGCCGCUCGACUUUGAUGCCAUCACGAUUCCAAAGGCGGGCACCUUCUCCUCGGACUUGCAGAACCGGAUCCGCACCAAUCCGGACCGCAAGGAGGCCGCCAACCUGGACCUGUCCAAGCUCUCCAUCAACCGGGCCACCGUCAUCCUCAACUCCAUCGGCAGCCUGAGUAAGAUGAAGGGCAGCGCCUGGACCUUCCAGAGGAGCCACAGCCACGAGGGAACCGCCUCGGACCCCGGCUCCUCCUCCUCGCCGCCCCUGGCUGUGGGCCUCGCCUCUCUGCUCCCUCCCUCCACACCUCCAUCAUUCGCCUCCGCAGUUUCAGUGCCUUCAACAAAGUCUCUGCAGUCGACGUCCAGGAGCAGGAGGAAGUCUGCGCACACGGUGCUCCUCGAGGACGACAGCUCGGACGAGCCCAGAAGUCGAGGAGCUCCAGCAGGAGGUGUGGAUGAUGGACAGAGAGCGAGAGGGAAGAAGCGGCGGCGGCUCUACAAGUCUGAGUCGGAGGGUUUCAGUUCUCCUCCUCUGCCGCUGCAGCCCAAGAGCCACAGCGACGUCCGGCGGCCUCUGGAGGCCAAGCCCUUCCCCGUCGGCAUCAGGACCAUCGGCAGUUUCCACGGUGCCAUGACCAACAGUAGACUGAACCACCACAUCCUGCAGGCGUCGUUCACCAGCCCUGCUGUUCACAAGCAGGAGGUGCAGCCGGUGCACCAGGUCCAGACGGUGAUGCACGGCAACAUCGCCGCUUUCCGCCAACAGAGACCUGCGCACAUUUCUCCGAUGGCGCAGAGAGGCCGGCGGAGAGCUCUCAGCUCUCCGGUUUUCUCCCCUCUGGUGGUCGGAGGGGAGAACUACAGCUUGGCCUCACCUUCAGUGAGGGUCCGUACAGAAGACCGAGGCAGAGUUCAGUUCAACAGAUUCCAUCAUCCAGCAAGCAAACGACGAGGCCGCCCCAGAAAACACCCUCCCCCUCCCCGGCCUUCCCUGCCCUCUCCAUCCUCCUCAUCUUCCUCCUCCACAUCCUCUGCCUCGUCCUCCUCCGGCUCCUCCUCUUCCUCCUCCGACGAUGAGGACGACGACGAUGAGGAAGACGAGGAGGUGGCCGUCGGGGCGGUGGAGCCGUGUGCGGCGCCGCGGUGCCGGCUGCCUCAGCAGGACACGGUGCAGUGGAUCCAGUGCGACGUGUGCGACGCCUGGUACCACAUAGACUGUCUGCACGUCGACCGCAAGAAGCUCCUGAAGGACCCCAACGCCGACUUCCACUGCGGAUGUCGCUGACAGGAGAGAAACCAGGUUCACUCCAGUUACCACAAUUCUCCCUCUAACAUGUUUAUUUCCCUUCAGUCACACUUGAAAUCAGCUUUUCAUUGAAGACAGGCUACUUCUUCUAAUGGUCACUGGGCUGCUCUACUCAAGCACGCAGAGCUUUUUUCUUACCUCAAGAGAAAAUGGGAAAGAGUUUUCUUCAGUUUUUCACACCCGGGUCUUCCAAAUUUUGAGGAUGUGUGACCCAACAGUCGCACAGCAGCUUGACAAGCCUCUCGCCCUCUGAGUUUCAGGGCUCGGGUUUCGUCGGAGGUGUAAUGAAAUGUCUUUGGUCGGAUUUCAUUAUGGCGUUGACUGCCUGGAGAGCCGCGAUCGCGGCGGGGGAACAUGAUGAAAUGUUCCUAAGUACACUCCCACCACGGCUGUCGUUGACCAGGAGGCAACAUUCAGGAAGAUUAAUGAAAUGUUUCAGAUCGGGCUGCGGCGGCGGGACUCUGUACGGGCGAUGGCACUGUAUUAGACGUCUCAGUGCAGCCGCUUCACUGUUCUCUAAAUCGGGCCAAUUUUUCAGGGCAGGACAGGACCUUCAGUGAACAUUUACUGAUGGUGUGAUUGCCCCCCCCUCCCAAAGAAACCCUCCCUCCACCUUCAAAAUAAAUCAGUGCUGGGCUGGUGUUUUCCCACCUCAGCGAUAACGGCGAUGAAAUGUUUCCGUGCAGCUCUCCUGUGUGGCAGCAGCUGUCUGGCAGUGGGCGUGUGAUGUUUCAAGACAAUUAAACGCCAGGAAAAUGUGUCAGCAGACUUCUAUUGUUGCCGCUGAUCAGAGGUGCUCUGGGGACGAUAAUCAGAUGUUUCAAGGCACUUCAGCAGAGCGCAGCUGCUGGCAGGAGGAAUAUGUACAGUUGGGACCGUGUUUGUUUGAAGAUGUCUGAGAGUGUCUGCUGCCGGCUUUGGAGGACUCAUUAACCAGUGAAAUGUCAUGAAAUAUCACCCGCUGAUGUAACGGGAUAAUCGGGUGAAAUGAUGUCACCGUCUCUGACUGGCGGGUUGAAUGUUGAUGAUUUUUUUUAUUUUUUUUUUCAAGGUCUCCUCUUCAGAUCAGUCUCCGCCUCGAGUCUCUUCAGCUCUGCCGAGCUCUUGGGCCACAGCUGACGGUUUUGUCCUGUGUGAAAUGUGCCGGACCUGACUCGGCUUCUCCACAGUGUGUUUGCUCAGGUGCUGCUUGAGUAGAAUAAAAUCAUAGUGUGGGAAACUCUCCUCUUAAGCACCUUUUUUUUCUGUUAUUUAAUCCCAAAAUGUUUGACUUUUGCUCGCAUCACAUGGACAAAACCGGCCUGUUUGGAUCCUGAAACAGCAGUUUUGAGCAGCUCAUCUUCUGCACCACUCGUAUAAGCUUGAUGAUAUUCACAUUUAGAGCAGUUCAGAUAAGAGUGGUGUUAAAAUAGCCUCUGUCAGGACUGGUGCUUCCAAACUUCACUUUGAUUAUACCACUGUGGCAGACCUGCAGUUUUUUUGUUUUUUUUUCGAGAAAAGAAAGUGGGAGAAAAUGAUUCUUGAGCAAUAAAAUAAUAAUUUCUUCUUUGGCUUCACUGAAGCUCGCAGACUGACUGCCGCCGCUGUGCUAACUAGAUCGUCGCUUAAGUAGCUGUCAGGACAAAAAAACGUUUGGGGUCGGAUCAUUUUCAGUUCAGCGGAUUCAUUUUAAAACCCAAUAACAUUCAGUUUAAUGGAUUUGAAGGGUUCAGUCAUUAUCUGCUCACCCUCGUGCUGAUGGAAAGUCAGGUGAAGUUUCUCCACGAAACAUUACUGGAGCUUCGCAGCAUCUGAGCGCAGCGGAGGCAAAAUGAACCCAGCGUGAACUCAGCGUGAGGGUGAGUAGAUGAUGACUGAGUUUUUGGGUGAACUGUUCCUUUUUUUUAAUAAACGCCGUGUUGCUCCUCUGAAGGCUCCAGUCACACUCGAUGAUUCUGUGACAGUUUGACGACAUUUCGCUGCAAAAAUAACACUUUGUUUUUAAAACCGUGAGGCUUCGUCACCUCACUGCAGUAAAACCAUAUCAGUUAUAUAGGAUUUAACAUGAUAGCUUGAUACUAUAAUACAGAUCCUCAGGACCUGUUUGGUUCUGGUGAGCAGUGGUUUAUGGAAAUGUAAAAAGAACAAAAAAAAAAAAGUUUUCUUUGUUGAUCUUCAGCCAGUUGUUUUGAUUUUGUGUGUCUUGUUUGCAGGUAAAGAUGUCAGUGUUGCAUAUUGUUUUUGUCUCUUUAGAUUUUGGGCUCUAAAGAUAUUUAAAUGCCUGUUUGUCUUUUGGUGCUAACCUCACAUCGCUCCGUGUGCACGUUCUCUGCUUGUAAAGAAACAAUGCAGCCGCUGAGAGGCUGGUACACUUUAUUGAUUGGUGAGAAAGUAAAAUUGUCUGCGCGACACAAACUUUAAACAACCUCUAAAUCUAUGGUGCUUGUGUGAUAUCGAGGCUGCAAAUCACGGGAUCGUGUUGGAUUCACGACGCGGCUGUGAGGAACGUUCAGUGUGUCACGCUGCUGCUUCUACCUCAAAGUUUUCACUCCCGCCAUGAUUGUGAAGCAAAGCAGACGGGCAGUUUCAGACCAACCUGAGGGAAACGGUGAGCUGAGACCCUUCGCCGAUUUUAGUGGAUUAGAAAAAUUGACAGAAAAGUAAUCCACAGUUAUUUCGAUCGUUAUUUAUUGAAGCAAAAAACGCCCCAAAAUAUUCGAGCUUCUGGAGAAAUUGCUGCUUCUGUUUCAGAACUGCAAAUGUAAUAUUUGUGCCUUUUUGUUAAAGAUGUCGUCUCUUAUCGUGCUUUGAGGUCAUCUCAUCUUGUCAGCACAAAUGAGGUUUUAUUGAGGAAUAACUAUGGACCAAGAGGGAAAAUCAUCAACUACUUGUAUCAUCCAUCAUCUGAAAUAGUGGGUUGACAAUCAAGGCCGAACACAUACAGCAGAUAAUGAUGCACAACGCAGAGGCCCAACGGUCCCCUUACAUACUCAGUCGAACCUCAUCCAAUAUCAAACUGAGCCGCAUCAAGUUGUUCUCGCUCACAGAUUCCAGCCACCUCGUUUAUCGGGAGCUAAAUUAAGGAAGAAUGCAGAAAAAGAUGCAUAUCACAAUGUUUAAAACGGUGAGAAAAAAUUCCUUCUGCUAGGAUCUAUUCUUGGCCCGGACACAUCUGCCAUCCGAGUUUCAUGGAGAUCCGUUCAGUAGUUUUUGUUUCCCUGCUGACAAACGAACGAACACGAGUGUGAACAGACGAUGUGCAGAUAUGUUUUGCGUCGCUUCUUCCCUGUAAACGACUUUUACAGCCUUUUACAGAUGAAAUCAAGCUUGCAGCCGACAUGUUUGAUCGUUUCGCGGUCGCCUCAUCGUUUCAGUAUUUCAUUCGUGCCGUCUGCUCGCUCACGGCUUCAUACUGGUGACUUACUGUUAAAACACAGGACUCGAGUGACGAGUUCAGAAACGUUUUGUAAAUCGUAUCAUAUUUCAUAAUCUCUCAGUUCACAGGACUUUCUCACUGCCUUCACUUUAAUAAUCACACUGAAAUGCAGAAAAGCAGCACAGUUGGAUCUUGUUUUCUUUUUCUUUUUGGGUGUUGGUUGUACAGAAUUAAACUUGUUGUCAUAAUUCUCUGAAAUCUGCUUCAAAGUUAUCAGGGAAGAAAAAUAAAGACUCUUCACCAAAAAA